CGGUCUUCGUCGCCCGCCUCGGCCGUAUAUAAACCCUCGCUCGAUCCGUCCAUGGAGGAUCCAGCAGCACCACAACACUGUACAGUUUGCCACAGCUCCGCCCCCUCCAUUGCCAGAGCUUGAUCGAGUGAUCGGUCGGGCCGAUCCAUCGAUGGGCUUCCUGGAGGCCCUGUCGGGGCUGUGCCGCUCGUGCCCGGCCCCCCUCACGCGCGGCCACCUGCAGAAGGGGCGGCAGCUGGAGACGGUGGAGAUGAAGGUCCGGAUCGACUGCGAGGGCUGCGUGAGCAAGAUCCGCAAGACGCUGGAGGGGAUGGACGGCGUCACCGGCGUCGACGUUGUCCCCAGGGAGAACAGGGUGACCGUCACCGGCUACGUCGACGCCGCCAAGGUGAUGCGCCGCGUCGCGCGCAAGACCGGCAAGCGCGUCGAGCCGUGGCCCUACGUGCCCUACGACGUCGUCGCGCACCCCUACGCGCCCGGCGCCUACGACAGGAGGGCGCCCGCCGGGUACGUGCGCGACGUCAUGGCCAACCCCGGCGGCGCGAAUGCGUCCUUCGUGCGCGCCACGUCCACGGAGACUAGGUACACCGGGGCUUUCUCCGACGAGAACCCCAACGCGGCGUGCGCGAUCAUGUAGCUCGUCACUAGGUCGAUCGAUCUCUUCCCGUUCCGUUUGGUAACUCCUAGUAGUACCUAGGUAGUAACUGCUACGUAUGUAUGUAUAUUUGGGUUACACUUUUUCCUCGGUGGAGCUGCAUGGCUUCUCCGGGUUGGUUCACGCGGCAGGCUGGGCAGGCUGGCCGUCCUGCCGUCGUUCCCGUCGCAGAUGCUUCAGGCUGCCCCGCCGUCGCCGUGCUGGGGCCGGUCAAGCUCUUCGACCACUGAUGAGGUACGUGGCAAUAAACUCCAUGACCCGGAUCUAGGUCUGGUCGUUGGUUUUGUUCCCAUUCUGCUCUGCUGCAAGGUUGGUCGAUCUGGAAUGAUCUUGUGCUUCUGGGCAUUGCGCCGGGAAAGAUCAUCGAUCGACGUCCUGGUGACUCGGUGUUCGCAUUUCUCCAAUGUCAUGUGCAGUUGCUGCUGUGUCCAUGCGCCACCAAUUUUUAACCUCCAGGCUCUAAGAAAGCCCUGGAGGCCACCUAAGAUCAGGCCGUUGCCCAAUGCCAGCAAAAGGAGAACUGAUCUUGCCCGGCGAGGCCGGGUCUUUGUGAUUGAAUAAAUUAUUAGUGGAUUUAGGUUCUUCCAUCUUUCAGCUUCAGUUACUGUUUCCAGAAUAGAGCAGUCACUUUGUAAUUUCCUUUCUUUACAAGAACCGUAAGUAGUGAUCUAUGUAACAAUUCUACACAAGCAAUUUAGUGCGUAAUUUUUAGGAACAA